AUGGCUACGCCGAUACCACUUACUGGUCUGGAUUUUUUUGACGCAGAAGACGAAAUUCAGAGGAUAGAAGUGCAAGCUUUGACCAAUGAAGAUAAUCAAACCACAGUAGAUUUUCUACUCCGGGAGACACGCCAUGCCUAUCAGAUCAUCAGCCAACGACAGAAUGAGGUAGACUCAUUGCAGGCUGAGAUUGCUCAACUCAAGAAAAUUUCCGUAUCUCCUUCGGCUCCGAGACCCGCUGUUUUGACAGAUUGCCGUACGACUGACAGCAAGAGACUGUCUGAUGUAGUCAAGAAAUUUGGGAUUUGGAAACAGCAGAUUACAAGCAGCAUCUUCGAAGAUUACGAUGAAAAUCAGAUCGACAUCAAUGCUAUUCUAGAGGACAUUGAGGAACUAGAGGCUGCGCACGUGAAUUACCAGUCUAGCGUUGAUUCCAUCAUCACAGUCCUACAGAAUGCUCAGACCAACUCAAACGAAAUCAUUGCAAAACUCAGUGUCCAAGCCAAAGCCAGCAACGAGCGUGCUACAACAGCUAAAACAGCGGCAAAUUAUGCAGCUGUUGCUGCUGUACAGAACGUGGGAGCUAUAAGCACUGAAAAUGCCAAGCUUCGAGCAAAAGUCGCUGCAAUAGAUGGUGGCAGCAGGACUACCGAAACAGCCCAAGUCAAUGGUGGCAAUACCAGCGAUAAUCAUGGUAUGGGUGAUCAGAAUCUGAAGGAGCUUCUCGAAUUUGCCAAUAAAUAUGCCGAUACCGCUCCCAUACUUGAGUCAAACCUGGGGCAACUCAUCAACAUAUUAGGACAAUGGCAACCAGGAAAAUCGAGUGACGGCCAAUGCUGCAAUUGUGGUAGCAAGUGCGAGAUCGAUUUCAGGGAGUAUAUCAGACUGUUUGAUGAGAGCAUCGAGAAUGCAAGCUGCCUCCAGGACAGAAUCGCCACUCUUGAAUCUCUCCUUGUGAGAGGAAGCAACAUCUCGCCCCAACGACUCGAUAGCGUCAUUGGGCCCACUCCAACAAUCCACAGGCUACAGCAACAACUGGAUGAAGCACACGACCAAAAUUUACAUCUUAAGACUAUUCUCGACCACUGCCUUCCAAAUCGUGAUUCGGACUCUGCAGGAGAGAGUGCGGUCUUGACUAGUCUUCGGGCAAGGAUCACCGAGCUUGAAUCACAAAACCACAUACUAGAAGAGUGUUUCGAUAAACCAAUAAAUCAAAUUUCUGAUGCAAAAACAAAAACAAUGUUCAGCGACGAGACGCGUGAACACGUCAUGAUUGGUAGUGAGGAAUUGGGGGAUCUUCAUGACGAAGUUGAUUCCUUGAGACGGCAGGUAACCUCCUUGACAGGGAGCAGCGGAGACGACACUAUUCAAAAGCUCGGCGACGAACUUUCUGGUUGCCAGAGAGAAAAAGCAAAAGCGACUACGGAAUCAUCACUAUUGCAACGUUCUCUUCAAAAUCUCCAGGGAAACUUCGAUGCUGUCCAAGCAGAAGUUGCUCGUCUUCAAGAAAUCAUCAAAGGGCUUCGACAAGCUCCAACUUCCCAAGUUUGCAAUAAUGAGAUCGCAAGACUGACUGUUGCAUUGGCUGAAUGUCAAUAUCAGAGAACCAAGGAUGCUUUAGAAAUUGCGCAGGCGGACAAACUGCUGGAAGAGUGCAUUCAACGGCAAAGCAUGUCACUGCCAGAUCCCGAGGACACCCCACUACAAUCAGCCCAUGCCAAUGCUGAACUCAUCGCACCCACGAGGAAGCAAACAGAAACAUUUGCGAACAUCAUCAAUGUCAAGAAGGAGAAUGAAGCCAUUCAAGAACGACUAGAUGAAUUCGAGUCGAAAGGAUCAGCACCAAGUUUUAUCAAUGUUGACAUUGCAGUGAUUUCUGCAAGAGCCAAUAGAGUCCAGGAACUGGAGGACAAGGAAGAAGAAUCCGAGAAGGCAAUUGCAUCUUUGCAAGCUCGAAUCGCAGCAGGCGAUCGAAAGGCAGGCCAUCAAGCUGAGGUUGACUACCUCAAAACGCGUGUGCAAGAGCUGACUGAUCUCCUGGUUGAAACGGAGAACGAUCUCGAAAAGUUGCAAGAGGAACAUGCGGAACAAACGGCAGCUUUCGAAGUUAUUGCACCGAAGAUAACAGACCUCGAGGCACAGCGAGAUCGGGCAGAGGCUGAUCUGGAGAGAGAAGUCCGAGCAGGUGGGGACUAUGUGGCAGAAUUGGAGGCCAGAAUCAACGAUCUUCAGCAGCAGCUUGAGCAAGGUAACGCGAAUCACAAGAAAUCAGCCGUGGAGAAAGACUCCGCUCGCCUAAAGAAGCAAAUCAAAGACCUAACUUCCGAAAGAGACGACCUGCAAGAACAACUUGAUAGUGUCGGUCAAGACCCAGAACAAAUUACGACCGUCAAGUGGCUGCGAAGCAAACGAGCGGAUCUGAGAGAAGAGCUCGAAAGCACUAAACGAGACUUGAAAGAGCGGGAGAACCGCGUCGCCAAAACCGAAGUAGCCUUCAAGAGACUCGAGAUUGCUCUUUGCAAAGCAGAGGAGACAGCAGAACGCAUCCGGAGUGAAAGGACGAAGGCUCUGAAGGAAAGAGACCAUGCAAGGAAGCGACUAGAGAAAUGUGAAACCGGUGGAGGCUCCCAUACAGACUUAGAGGCACUGCAAGCCGAAGUUGCAAAAUAUAAGAGUCUGGCAUCAGUAUCAAAUCGCGCACACGAAGCCUCUGAGAUUGAAAGAGAGAAGACACGCAGAGAUAGGGACAAAGCCGUCACUGGAAGAGAUGCUGCUCGCAGAGAAAGAGACGGAGGCAGCGGUCAAUCCCCUGCAGGUACUCAAACACUGACCAGUAGAAUCUCGGAAUUGGAGAAAGAGCUAGAACAGUCUACUGAGUUACAGCAAGAAGCUGAGGAUCAAUUUGCCGAGGAGAAGAGUAUUCUGCGCAACAAGAUUCGAGAUCUGGAGAUAUCUGUGACCAACACUCAGAAGCUACUAGACGCAAGCAGACAAACACUUACAGAUGCCGGGGAAGAUAGCAUCAGACAUCUUGAGCAACUCAAAUCACAACUUCAAGAUGAGCGUGACAGCACUCAACGGCUAAAAAACGAGUUAAUGGCGGCUCAGGCUAACAGCGACCAGCCCGAAACUGAUGGAAAUGCAGCACUCGUGAGACACUUGAAUUUCACAGAAGCAAGACUGCAGGCCCGAGAACAGCUGAUAGCUGACAUGAAUACCCGACUUAGCUCUGCUGCUGCAUCGAAGAAUGUAGAAGCAGCCGAACUCAGGAGACAAUUAGCAGUUGCUCAAGCUCAGGUUCUCCGUCUAAACAUAAACCCGACACCGGAUCAAGAAGAAUUGACACUCUUGAGGCAAGAGAAUGAUGAGCUGAAUGACAAGUUACAAGACCUGAAGGAUGCCAGGAGACGUCUUCGGAACGAGCAGGCUGAAACCGAGCGCUUGAGACACUCCGUCCGCGACCUGUGUCUCAAGGUCGAAGAAGGACGAUGCUGUGAGAAGGCCAGAGAGGCGAGUGGAUGGAAAAUGGCAGGAAAUGCUGCAGAUGAGUAUAUCGAAGCGGAGAAAGAGUCUCGCCUGGCCACUACCGCAGCGCUCGAGGACGAUCUGAAGGAAAGCUACCGUAUCAUCGCGAACUUGUCGAUCACACUGGAAAGAAAUACCCGUGACAAUGAACGCCAAACCUCAGAGAAUCUUAUGAACUUGACAGUUGCUCGAGCACAGAUCACAAGUCUAACGACCAAGCUCAAGGAUUUGUCCCCUGAAACAGAUGCCCAUCUGUGGCAGAAGCUGAGCGAUUGCAAUACGGAUUUGGAAGCUAAGGAGAAGCUGCUUAAAGAACAACGAGAUGAGUUUGCUGACCUGCAAUUGAAGGUGGAAUCUGCUCAGACUGAAGUCUUCAAGUUGCAUGACGAAGUUGCCUACUUGGAGAAGACCAACGCAGGUUUGGCAAAGCAACUCGGCGAAUCCUUACAUGGCAAGAAAAACCACAAUCCUCAGUAUCCAUCCACCAUCAAAGUUGAGUUUGAAAAGGAUGAGGAGAUUCAAGAACUCAAGGGAAAACUUGCCAGAAAGGAGGCACAACUAAAGAGUAAGAAGAAAGUCAAUCGCGACCCCCGAGCAAAGUUCACCGACGACUGGGAUGACGAUGAACUUGAAGAAACAAUGGUAGAAAACGAAAGAUUACGAGAUCGCCGCGAAAAAGAACGAAAGGCACUCGUCACCAAGAACAGGACAUUGCGCGAACAGCUCAAGGUGGCGGAGUCGAAAGUUGCCGAACUGACCAUGUUCAUUGACGAAGACCUCCAGAAUGAAUCUAGCUUAGGCGCUGAUACCGCGUUGAGAAGCUUGAUCGCCACUCUUAAAGAACACAAUAAAAGACUUCAGACAGAGUUGGAUGACUGGAAGAAUAAUGACGUCUUGAAGGAUCGUCAACGUCAGAUUACGAAUCUCGAACUCGAAAUAGAUGAUCUACACCACAAACUUGCCUCCACGGAUGGUGAUAAGGGCGCGGAAAGUGGCCAAAAACAAUCCUCGCAAAUGUCAACAGACGAGAGAAACGGCUAUAUAAUAGAUAUCGAGACGUGGCAGCAACGAGUCCGCGAACUUGAAGAAGAGAUCGAGGAUCUUAAACAGGAGAUCGUGAAGCUGGAGGAAGAGAAUUUCAAGCUGGCAGAAGAUCUCAAAUUCAAGAAAGACUUCCUCGAUAGAGUCAUGAAUACAAUGGACAAUAUAAAAGAAGAGGUUCAAGCCAUAGAAGAGGAAGAGGUGGAAACAGACCCACCUUACGAAGACAAAGCAUCAGAAACCAGCACUGAGAUCAUGAUCGAGCGUGCAAGCGCUAGUAGAGAUACCAUACUUCCAGCAGAGGACCGGCGUCAGUCGCGGGAGCUCACGAGCGGACUGACUGGCAGCAGUGUGCAAAGAGGGUCAAGCCGACAUACAGCUGAUGAAAAGCCCGCUACGACGAGAGGCAAGCGACCUUUGCCGCGCGCUGUAGCUAAACAGCCAGAACCAGAGUCAACCGCCGGGCGGAGUAAAGGGACUUUGAAGAGUGUCCCAGAGGAAUCUGCAGAGUCCGGAAAGCGGAUUACUAGAUCGUCGAAACGCAAGACGGCCAUCACUGACACUAGUUCAAAACAGACAAAGGCUUCCGUGAAGAAACGAAAGCUCAAAUAG